AUGGCUGCGGAUGGGGUGGACGAGCGCUCCCCUCUGCUGUCAGCCCCCGGCUCGGGCAAUGUCACGCCUACGGCCCCGCCGUAUUUUCCAGAAGGCAGCCCUAGAGCGGAACUCCCACCUCCAUAUACCGCCAUAGCCAGUCCAGAUGCCAGUGGUGUUCCCGUAAUCAAUUGCCGUGUGUGCCAAUCACUAAUCAAUUUGGAAGGGAAGCUUCACCAGCAUGUUGUCAAAUGCACAGAUUGCAAUGAAGCUACGCCAAUCAAAAACCCUCCUUCAGGGAAAAAGUAUGUUAGAUGUCCAUGUAAUUGUCUUCUUAUCUGUAAGGAUACAUCACGGAGAAUAGGAUGUCCAAGACCAAACUGCAGACGCAUCAUUAAUCUUGGUCCAGUUAUGCUGAUUCCAGAGGAGCAACCUGCACAGCCUGCAAUACCUGUUCAGCCAGAAGGCACUAGAGUGGUGUGUGGCCACUGUGGAAAUACAUUCCUGUGGAUGGAACUAAGGUUUAACACUUUGGCAAAGUGCCCGCAUUGCAAAAAAAUCUCUUCUGUUGGAUGUGCGCUCCCCCGAAGACGCUGCUGUGCAUACAUUACCAUUGGAAUGAUAUUUAUCUUCAUUGGAGUUGGAUUAACUGUUGGUACACAAGACUUUGCCAGAAAUUUUCAUGCCACGUAUGUUUCUUGGGCUAUUGCUUACCUCUUAGGCUUGGUCUGCCUAAUUCGAGCUUGUUAUUGGGGAGCCAUAAAAGUCAGUUAUCCAGAACACAGUUUCGCAUAGUCUCCUUAAUGGUAGCUUAUAGAAAGUGGGAAUCUCUUGAAUUCCAAUAAUAUGAGCAGAGUAAUUUAAACUUUUUCCUUUAAUGUUUCCAUUCUGUUACAAAUAGUUUUAAGACUGGGGAAUCCUUUAAGAACAAAUGUUAAUUGCACUACAUUAUAUGCAAAUAGUUUGUUUUGCUGCUAGAUUCUCAAGCUCUGAAUACUAAAGCUUUGUUUACACAAUCAUACAUCUGUCUUAAAAGUACUGCUGUAUUGAACUCCAUCCUACAGUAUUCUUUUUCUGUAUAAAACAUUGGUCUGUGCCCUUUGGGUAUGUGUAUGCAAAAAGCAAGAAGUGUUUAUAAACGUUUCUACAACUGCUUCACAUUUGUAAGUACACUUUAACAAUCAAAGUGGCUUGCUUUAAAAUUUAAGCAAAAAGCAUUUUGCUUGGACUGCUUACUGUAACGUUUGCCUAAGAUCAGAGUGGCUUUACUGAGUGUGCAUCAUUUUUGAAGAGUGGAGCUUUUGAUAGAGUGACAUCAUUUGUAAACACCACAUGCUUUCAGAUUUCCAGGUCAAGAAAUGCAAUAUUUUGGUAGUCAGACUUUAAAAAGUUCUUUUAUCCA